AUGAAAGAAUUCGUUGAAAAAUAUGGCACAGACACGAUAAAUCCUCCUGCAGACGAAUAUGGUCCACGUACGACACGACAUAUCUACUGGAGAAAACGAUUCGUCGAACAAGCGCUUCAUUCUAGCACUGCACAAUCUGAUGAUACCGUUAUAACAAUUCCCAGUACCACCAUCAAUAAUGCACCAUCUUCAUCAAAGGAGAUUAUGACAAGUGGCGAUAUUAUGUCGGCAAUCAACGGAAUUUAUGACGAUCCAGAAUCAGUCAGUCGGCAUUUAUUUGAUUUAUUGCGUUCUCCAAAUGAAGAUGACGAUAUACAAGGCGAACUUAUCGAUUUACUUGGAUUUGAGCAGUUUGAUUUAGUUAGCAAGAUAUUGUCGUCGAGAGAGGAGUUGUUAAAUUCUUAUAACUCAGUUCGUCAGGAUAUUGCUCAAACUACGAAACUGGAGAGAAUAUUGCAACAGUCACAAAAGCAAAGGGAACAGCCGUUGUAUUGUCAACAGGUAAUAGUUCAGUCAAAUGCCGAUGUAAACAUGCGCAAAAUGGCAAAGCGAGAGCAGAAACGUGCUGCUAAACAGCUAAAUAAAAUUACACAAAAUCUAAGCGAAAGUGAAAAGCUUGAAUUGAAACGGGUCCAAAACGAAAUGCUUAAAGAGAGGUUUCAAGAGCUGGAGGCGGGACGGUGGUUGGAAACACUGCAUGAAAAUCGGCGAACUGUUCCACGUGAACGUUUUCCAUAUGUAUACGAUGCGUUAACCGAAUCCGAACAUAUUUUUAUCACUGUUGACGGGUCAAAGCGAUGUUUACCGGCAAAUUCUUCUCGUGUAAUUCGUGACACUUAUGAAGAAGUUUAUGUUCCUGCAAUGGAUAGAUCUCAGGUCACAGCAGUGCAACAAAUUAAUAUCGAGGAUUUUGAUGAGUUAGGAAAGAAGUGUUUUAUUGGCUUCGAAAAACUUAAUGUUAUUCAAUCAUUGGUGUUUACGCAAGCUUACAAAUCACAAGAAAAUUUGUUGAUUUGUGCUCCGACUGGUGCAGGUAAGACGAAUAUUGCACUACUGGCAAUUUUAAACACGAUACAUGCUUACAUGGAUAAUGGUGUGAUUCACAAAAAUGAUUUCAAAAUUGUUUAUAUCGCACCAAUGAAAGCACUGGCAACUGAAAUGACGAUGAAUUUUGCUAAGCGAUUAGCUCCACUAAAUUUACAUGUACGUGAAUUAACCGGUGACACAACACUUUCAAGGAAACAAAUUGCCGAAACACAGAUGCUUGUCCUAACUCCAGAAAAAUGGGAUGUUGUGACGAGAAAAGCUAUCGAUUUACCACUGUCAAAAAUGGUACGGCUAUUGAUUAUAGAUGAAAUUCAUUUAUUACACGAUGAUCGAGGACCGGUAAUUGAAACCAUAGUUGCUAGAACACUUCGACAGGUGGAAAUGAGUCAGCAGUGUGUUAGGAUUAUUGGACUUUCUGCAACGCUACCAAAUUAUAUCGAUGUUGCAAGGUUUUUGCGUGUAAACCCCCAUAAAGGGAUGUUCUUCUUUGACGGCCGCUUUCGACCGGUUCCACUUUCACAAACUUUUAUUGGUGUUCGUAAUCCGCGAAAUAUGGGACCAGAUAUAAUGCGUGAAAUGGACGAAGUGUGUUACGACAAAGUGCAUCAGUUUGUGAGCAAAGGACACCAAGUUCUUGUCUUUGUAACAGCCCGUAAUGCUACUACAAAAUUAGCGACAACCUUUAGAGAUGAAGCUGCAAAAAGGGGAGAAUUGAGUCAUUUUUUACCUACAAAUAAUGGUUCAGUGCAGUACAUUAAUGCAAUGAAAUCGGUUCAAAACUGUCGAAAUGGUAUGUUAGCGGAAUUUCUUCGCCUUGGCUUUGGUAUUCACCAUGCUGGCUUACCACGCCGGGAACGUUUGAUGACCGAAAAGUUCUUCGCUAAUGGACACAUUACCGUGCUUUUUUGCACUUCAACUCUUGCCUGGGGUAUCAAUUUGCCGGCACAUGCUGUUGUUAUUCGAGGGACUGAAAUCUUCAAUGUUCAGAAAGGCGGUUUCAGUGAUAUAGGUGUUCUCGACGUGCAACAAAUUUUUGGUCGAGCUGGUCGUCCACAAUAUGAGAGUUCAGGACAUGGCGUAAUCAUUACAUGGAAAAAAAGUAUGCCACAGUACUUAAAUAUGCUGCUUCGUCAAGCGCCCAUUGAAAGCCAGUUUAUGUCGCGAAUUUACGAUAAUCUAAAUGCCGAAAUCUCUUUAGGGACGGUGUCAAGUAUUCCUGAAGCGGUCGAAUGGCUCAAGUAUACAUAUUUUUUUAUUCGAGCUAAACUAAAUCCCCUUGCAUAUGGAAUACCUCGGAGUCAGUUAGAGCAUGACCCUGAUUUAUAUGAGUAUUUAACACAAAUGAUGACGGAAGCAGCUGAGAAAUUGGACAAAAAUCAAAUGAUUAGGUUUGAUAGUAUAAAUGGUUACGUAGCAUCAACAGAUCUUGGGCGAAUAGCUUCAAAUUAUUACAUGAAAUAUGAAACAAUUGAAGUAUUUAUGAAUGGAAUAGGAGGAAUAAAACUGCAAGCAUUCAUGAGUGACGAUAUGAUUUUAUCGUUAAUUGCAUCAGCAACAGAAUUUGAUCAAAUCAAGGUGCGAGAAGAAGAAAUGAUGGAAUUGGAGGAACUUGUACAAACUUCCUGUCCUUUGCGGUUGAAAAGAGGUGCUUUAGCAACUGUACCGGGAAAAAUAAACUGUUUAAUCCAGGCCCAUAUUUCACGAGCUUUCAUUGGAAGUUAUUCAUUGGUUUCGGAGUCAGUGUUUAUUCAACAGAACUGUGAUCGACUAUGUCGUGCAAUGUUUGAAAUAACUUUGAGAAAGGGAUGGGCUCAAGCAGCUAAUGCAACUUUAGCUAUGGCGAAAUGUUUUGAUAAGCAAGUGUGGUCAUUUCAGACACCACUGAGACAGCUCAGUGACUUUAUUCGAGCAGACUGGAUUCCAAAAAUUGAGCGAAGGAAACUUUCUCAUUAUCAACUCUAUGAGAUGAGCGCAAAAGAACUUGGGACAAUGUUAAGUUGUGAUGGGCAGAAAAUGUAUGAAGCAGUACGCAUGUUGCCAGUAAUGAAUUUGGAAGCUUCAGUCAAGCCUGUCACAAACACGAUCAUUCAAGUGACUGUAAUUUUAACGCCAAAUUUCAUUUGGAAUGAACAUUUUCUUGGUUCAACUGGUGUUCAAGUUUUCUGGAUUUUUGUUGAGGAUAUCAAUGAAAACAUUAUCAUUCAUCAUGAUCAGAUCGUGGUUAAUAAGAAUAAGGUCCGUAACAGUGAACCACAAAAUCUCAUUUUUACGGUGCCAAUCAGAGAUCAGCAAUUAACCCACAAUUAUCAGGUGCGUGUUGCAAGUGAUCGAUACGUGGUUGAUGAUAGUGUUGUUCCCAUUUCGAUGCAUAAUUGUGUUUUGCCAUCUUCACAUUGUCCGCAUACGGAUUUGCUAGAUUUGGAUCCGUUACCAUUAACGGCUUUGAAAAAUGAGACGUUCCAGUCGAUUUACAGUUUCGAGUUUUUUAAUCCAGUGCAGACACAGGUUUUCUACUGUUUGUAUAAUACAGAUCAGAAUGCUUUAAUAGGCGCACCAACUGGUUCCGGUAAAACUCUUUGUGCUGAACUGGCAAUGUAUCGUAUUUUUCGCGAAUAUCCAGCUAAGAAGUGUGUGUACAUUGCACCGUUAAAAGCUUUAGUGCGCGAACGUGUUUCUGAUUGGGAUGAUAAGUUUCGAAAGCUGAAUAUAAGGACAGUUGAGCUUACUGGUGAUCAUUCACCGGAUAUUCGCAGCUUGAGUUUAGCCAAAAUUGUGAUUACAACGCCGGAAAAGUGGGAUGGUAUAACACGCAGCUGGGAAAUUCGUCAAUAUGUCAAAGAUGUUGCGCUUGUAAUUGUCGAUGAAAUUCAUCUUCUAGGUGUUGAAAGAGGUGCUGUAUUGGAAGCAAUUAUAACAAGAUUAAAGCUGAUGGCUAGAAAAGAGGGAUCGCGCAAUCCUGUUCGUGUAGUUGGCCUUUCUACUGCUCUUGCUAAUGCAGGCGAUGUGGCAGAAUGGUUAGGUGUUGACGAUGCUGGUCUUUUCAAUUUUCGACCAAAUGUGCGACCUGUACCUAUUGAGGUGCACAUUGCUGGUUUUCCAGGUCAGCAUUAUUGCCCUCGAAUGGCUUUAAUGAAUCGACCAGCUUUUAAAGCAAUCAAAAGUUAUUCUCCCUGUAAACCAGCUCUUAUAUUUGUGGCAUCACGACGUCAGACACGAUUAACUGCAAUGUCAUUUGUUUCGCAGCUCGUUACUGAUGAUGACCCACGACAGUGGCUUCAUAUGGAUAUGGAAGAACUUGAGCAAUUAAUAACAACAUUGAAAGAUGAGAAUUUGAAAUUAACAUUGCCAUUCGGCGUGGGAAUGCAUCAUGCUGGUUUACAACAGCACGAAAGGAGCAUUGUUGAGCGGCUUUUUGUUCAAAAAAAGAUUCAAGUUAUGGUUGCUACAGCAACCUUAGCUUGGGGUAUUAAUAUGCCGGCACACUUGGUUGUUGUUAAAGGGACCGAAUAUUACGAUGGGAAAACUCAUAAGUACAUUGAUUUCCCGGUUACAGAUGUUUUGCAAAUGAUAGGCCGUGCUGGUCGGCCGCAGUUUGACGAUUCUGCUGUUGCUGUUAUUUAUGUUCAGGAUAUUAAGAAAAACUUCUAUAAACGAUUCCUCUACGAACCUUUUCCGGUUGAGUCAAGUUUGCUCAUGGCAUUGCCAAAUCAUGUAAAUGCAGAAAUUUACGCUGGAACUAUUGCUUCAGAACAACAUGUAAUGGAAUACAUUGCUAAUACAUACCUUUAUCGUCGUCUUUUUGCAAAUCCAAGUUAUUAUGGUGUUGUGGAUACAACACCAGAAGCUCUAACACAAUUCCUUGUGGAAGUGGUUGAUAAUUGUAUUGAAGAACUUGUGCUUUCUAACUGUAUUAUCAUUAAUGAAGACGAGCAGUCACUUAUUUCAGCUCCGCUUGGAGCUAUCGCAAGCGUUUAUUAUUUGAAUCAUAAAACUGUACGAUUUUUUGCCAGUUCUCUCACGCCUACAGCAACGGUAGAAGAGCUUAUAAAAGUUUUAGCAGAUUGCCCAGAAUAUGAUGAGAUACCUGUUCGACAUAAUGAAGAUCAAAUUAAUGGUCAUCUACAACAGAUCAUGCCACUUAAAUUGCCAGUUGAUGCUGCUUUGGAUUCUUCACAUACAAAGGCAUUUCUACUGUUGGAAGCUCAUUUAAGUCAUAUAAAGCUGAUGACAGAUUACAUAACUGACCAACGCUCAAUGUUAGAUCAGUGUUUUCGUAUCUUAAAUGCAAUGUUAGAUAUAAGUAUCUUGCAUAAGUGGCUAUCAACUGCUCUUUCUGUUAUUAUUUUGAUGCAAAUGAUCGCUCAGGCUGUUUGGCACACAGAUCAUCCCUUACUGGUCGUUCCUCAUUUCAGUGAGGAAAUUAUCGAAAGAAUUGGGACUGAUUUAACAAUACCUAUAUUAAAAAAUCACUUUGGUCUUGAUAAAGCAAAUAUCGAACAGGCUAGAAAAAAGGCCGUAAAGAAACUUUUGGACAUGACAGUUAUCGAUGAAUUUCAAGCAACGGAGGCUGUUGACACUCUUUUAAAAUGGCCAAUAUUACAGCCAAGGAAAUGUGUAUUAUGUGAUACAAAUCAAGUUUUCGAAAUCGAUUAUUUGCAAGAUGAACGAUGGCCAAAGUACAUAACUGCUGAAUCAGAUAUGUUAUACCGUAUGUUAUUCACUGUCGAAUUAAUCGGCCCAUAUAAAUUUGAAACGAACGCCUUUUGUCCACGUUUCCAUAAAGAAAAAACUGCUGGAUGGAUUGUGAUCAUCGGUGAGAAAGAUACAGGCGAAUUACUGUGCUGUAAAAAAUUAUCGAUUACUGGUUCUAAGCAACUCAGUAUUCCGUUUAGGAUGCCCAAACGAUUAGGUCGACAUAUUUUUACAACUUUUAUCAUGUCCGAUUCUUACAUUGGCAUCGAUCAGGAAUACAAUCUUCAUUGCGACAUCGUUGAAAAGAAAGUGUCGGAUAAUUCGAUACUUUAG